AUGGAUGAUUCAAAGAUCUAUCAUCGCCUCAUUGGUAAACUACAGUACUUGACUAACACAAGGCCUAAUAUUGCAUUUGUGGUGGACAAACUCAGCCAGUACCUAGAGUCCCCAAUGACUGAACACUACAAAGCUGCUCUGCGGAUACUUCGCAACCUCAAGAAGGCCUCUGCCGCGGGUCUCUUCUUCCCUCUAACCACUAAUUUCAGCCUCACUGGGUUUGUGGACCCUGACUGGGCAACUUGUCCAGACACAAGGAGAUUUUUUUCUAGUUACUGCUUCUUCCUCGGGACCACUUUAAUCUCUUGGAAGAGUAGCAAGCAGCAAACCGUGUCUCGAUCAUCUUUGGAGGUGGAAUACCGGACAUUGGCGAAUGCGACGUGUGAAAGUCUAUGGCUUCUUUGGUUAUUAAGAACUUUUGGCAUUAAUCAUGCACAACCAUUCACCCUCUAUAGCAAUAGUCAAUCCACACUCCACAUGGCCGCUAAUCCAGUUCUACACGAGAGGACAAAGCACAUAGAGGCUAAUUUCCACAUUGUGUGA